AAGAUAUCAAACACUUCGAAAAAUUAUCCACCAUCCACCCACCAGGCUGGUUUCUCUCCUCCCUCCGGUCUGCCGGAAAAACAAGAACCUCAAUGGCCUUUACUGCUUCACAAAUCCACUUCUUUUUCUUCUCCCUUUUCGCCUUUUUACUUAUUGCUGUUCAAGCAAGACUGAAUCUUAAUCCACCAGAUCAUGCUGCACUUUUGCUUGUCCAAAAAGACUUGGGCAUCCAAGGUCAACGCAUUGCACUACUUUGCAACUCUGCAACAAUAUCCUGCGAAAGACGAAAGGCAAACAGAACACAAUUGUUGAGAGUCACCCGUAUUGACUUCAGAUCCAAUGGAUUGACUGGAACUUUAUCUCCUGCCAUUGGAAAACUUUCUGAGCUCAAAGAGCUCUCUCUUCCAAACAACCAACUCUUUGACCAAAUCCCAGUUCAGAUUCUUGACUGCCGUAAACUGGAGAUCCUUGACCUUGGAAACAAUCUGUUUUCUGGGAAAGUUCCAUCUGAACUAUCAUCUCUACUCCGCCUUCGAAUUCUUGAUCUUUCAUCAAAUGAGUUUUCUGGGAAUCUUAACUUCUUGAAGUAUUUUCCCAAUUUAGAAAAACUCUCUUUAGCUGAUAACAUGUUCGCUGGAAAAAUACCCCCUUCUGUGAAAUCUUUCAGAAAUCUGCGUUUCCUUAAUAUUUCAGGAAACAGUUUUCUUGAAGGUCCUUUGCCUGUUAUGAGUCAAGUUGAGCACUUGUCAGCAGAUUUGGAUCAGAACAACUUCGUUCCAAAACGUUACAUUCUUGCUGAAAAUUCAACAAGGCCAAAUCAGAUAUCAGCAGUGGCACCUAAUUCCAAUUCAGGAAAUGCCCUGGCUCCAGCAUCGAGUCAUAAUGUCACUCCAAUCCAUAAACGUAAUAACAAGAAGAAAAGGAAAGUCAGAGCGUGGUUUCUUGGUUUCUUUGCUGGUUCUUUCGCAGGGGCUAUAUCUGCAGUACUCUUAUCAGUUCUCUUUAAGCUGGUAAUGUUUUUCGUCCGAAAGGGAAAGACUGAUGGAAGUUUAACAAUAUACAGUCCACUGAUUAAGAAAGCCGAGGAUUUGGCCUUCUUAGAGAAAGAAGAUGGAGUAGCAUCACUUGAAAUGGUUGGAAAAGGUGGAUGUGGAGAAGUUUAUAGAGCUGAGUUACCGGGAAGUAAUGGGAAGAUUAUAGCUAUAAAGAAGAUUAUACAACCCCCAAUUGGUGCUGCAGAACUCACCGAGGAAGAUACCAAGGAUUUGAACAAGAAAAUGCGACAGGUAAAAUCAGAAAUUCAAAUUCUUGGUCAAAUCAGACACAGGAAUCUGCUUCCCCUACUGGCACAUAUGCCUAGGCCAGACUGCCAUUACUUGGUAUAUGAAUAUAUGAAAAAUGGGAGCUUACAAGAUAUCCUCCAGCAAGUCACAGAAGGGACAAGGGAAUUAGAUUGGUUGGGACGACACCGAAUUGCAGUAGGGAUAGCUGCUGGACUGGAGUAUCUCCAUAUAAACCACAGUCAAUGCAUAAUUCACAGAGAUCUAAAGCCAGCAAAUGUCCUUCUUGACGAUGAUAUGGAAGCUCGAAUUGCUGAUUUUGGACUUGCAAAGGCACUUCCAGAUGCCCAUACACAUAUUACGACUUCAAAUGUUGCAGGAACUGUGGGAUAUAUUGCACCGGAAUACCAUCAGACACUAAAGUUUACAGAUAAGUGUGAUAUAUACAGCUUUGGUGUGGUGUUAGCAGUGCUGGUUAUAGGAAAGCUUCCAUCAGAUGAAUUUUUCCAGCACACGCCUGAGAUGAGUUUAGUGAAGUGGCUGAGAAAUGUAAUGACUUCUGAGGAUCCGAAAAGGGCAAUUGAUCAAAAGCUGAUAGGAAAUGGAUUUGAGGAGCAAAUGCUUUUGGUUCUCAAGAUAGCUUGCUUUUGUACUCUGGAAAAUCCAAAGGAGAGGCCUAACAGUAAGGAUGUUAGGUGUAUGUUAACUCAGAUCAAGCAUUAGGGAUAUUGCAUAAUGAAUAAGUUGGUUUAUGUAACUAAGAAUGUGUUCCAUGGAGACUUUGCAAGUUAAGUUUUUGUUGUGAUUGGUUUAUACAAAGUAAAUCAAAUCUCUGUACUAAAGUAGUCUUAAUGGUAUUCUUUCCACUUUUCUGCUGAA